AUGAGCGAUUUCACCCCCGCCGAAGCUGCCCUGAUUGACCAGGCGCACACCGUACCGACCAGCUCGCCAUGGAGCAAGAUCGCCAGUGCAUGGACGAGCCAGGAGAAGCUGAACGAGGAGCAGGAGCACAUGAUUCUGCUUCGGCAGCAGCAGCAGGAGGACGAGGCGGCCGCAGUGGCUGCAGCAACCUCCGAGGUCCCCGCGCCCGGCUCGAUCGGGAUACUCGGCCACGCCGGCAGCAGCAGCAGCAGUGGCCAUGCAUCCUCCGCCUCGUCUGCAGCAAACUCUGACGCCGCCGCCGCCGCCGCUGGAGCGGGCAACGAGGAAGUCGUUCCCAUCCGCCGCCGCGCCAACAACAGCGACGCUUCCACCAACUCGAUCACCACGUCCGCGUACUUUCGCGCAGGCGUCGCUGCCGACAAGAACUCGCGCCACCGCCGCACAAUGGAGGACGUCCACGGCGCAGAUGUCGCAUUCGCAGGCAAGACCGACCAAGGCUUUUUCUUUAUUCUCGAUGGACACGGUGGUCGUGGCGUUGCCGAGUAUUGUGGCACGGCUCUGCCAAAGAACAUUUCCGAAUUGGUCAUUUCCAAACCCACUUUGGGUGCAGAGCAGCUGUUCACCCUCGCUUUCCUCUUCACGGACGAGCAGCUUGAGCGAGAGAAUCUCGUGCACUCUGGUGCUACUGUGAUUUCGUGCUUUGUGCGAACAGAAGACGACUCAAAGCGAGUCUUGCACACUGCCAACGCGGGCGAUGCGCGUGCAGUAUUAAGUCGAGCGGGUUCUGCGAUUCGCCUGUCCCACGACCACAAAGCCACUGAUGAGGACGAAAAGGAGCGUAUUGAGGCAUCGGGUGGAAUGGUGAUGGGAUCUCGUGUCAACGGUGUUCUGGCUGUCGCUCGAGCCCUCGGCGACAUCCACAUGAAGGAGCAAAUUGUCAGCACGCCGUUCGUGUCUUCCUACACGCUGCAGGCGGAUGAUCGGUUUUUCGUUCUUGCAUGCGAUGGUGUAUGGGACGUCAUGUCGGAUCAGGAAGUCGUCGAUUUGGUCGAUCAGCACACCGACCCGAAGGAGGCCAGUCUGGCGGUCGUCAAACAAAGUCUCAAACUGGGAAGCACGGAUAACAUUACCUGCAUGGUUGUCUUUUUGGAAGCGGAGCAAAAUUUCGGAGCCGAGGCGGCAGCCAAAGCUGCUCAUGACCGACAACUACGACAGCAAGCGCAAGGCUCUCGAUCGGAUCAAUCCUCCACGCCUCCCCUGGUUCACUCGCCAGAGCCAUAG